AUGGAUUUCGUACAAGACGUCACCCCCGAACUCGCGUCGUCGCGGUUCGGCGUCGCGAGCGCGUCGAACGCGAGCGCGGGCGCGAGCGCGGGUGGCGCGCUCGGUGGCGCGUCCGCGGACGGGGCGCGAAAGAGCGGACGGGCGCGGAAGAUCAGUAAGGCGCUGCGAAGGGUGGACGCGGCGACGCGCGCCGAGGUGGCGGCGGCGCGCUUGGACUCGUUCGAAUCCGACGUCGCCAUCGUUCCCGGCACCACCGGCGAGGGCGAGGGGGAAGACGAAGACGACGAUGAAUUCGUGUUCAACGAAAACGCACGCGAUGGGGAGGCGGUGAUCGUGAAAGGAAAAAAGAAGGCGGGCAAACGCACGACGCGAGGCGUGGCGGAGAACAGACGGGCGGUGGCGGCGCGCACCUUCAACGCCCUGCUCGAGCAGAGCUUCAUCGAUCGCGCGCCUGAGGGUACGCCGACGUAUCUCACCGCCGCGGCGGGACCGUCGAAGGCGGGCGCGCCGAGGAAGUUUUGUAGCGUGUGCGGGUUUCAAGCGCCGUACGGCUGCGCUCGCUGCGGGAUGCGCUUUUGCUCGAAAAAGUGCUCCGCCGUGCACGCGGAGACGCGGUGCUUGAAAAUGGUGGGAUAG